UCGAGAGGGCCAGCAUGUUGGUAAUCCUGCUGAACUGCAUUACUCUGGGGAUGUUUCAACCUUGUGAGGACAGCCACUGUGACACUGAGCGAUGCAAGAUACUGGAGGACUUUGAUGAUUUCAUCUUUGCUUUUUUUGCUGUGGAGAUGGUAAUCAAGAUGGUUGCGCUGGGCAUCUUUGGGAAAAAGUGUUACCUUGGAGACACCUGGAAUCGGCUAGACUUCUUCAUUGUGUUGGCUGGGAUGCUGGAAUACUCUCUCAACCUGCAGAAUGUUAGUUUCUCUGCGGUCCGAACGGUCAGAGUACUUCGACCUCUCCGGGCUAUCAACCGAGUACCAAGCAUGAGGAUCCUUGUGACGCUUCUGCUGGACACUCUCCCCAUGCUGGGCAAUGUGCUGCUGCUUUGCUUCUUUGUUUUCUUCAUCUUUGGGAUUGUAGGGGUCCAGCUGUGGGCCGGGCUUCUGCGAAACCGCUGCUUCCUCCCAGAAAACUUCUCCCUGCCUACCAGUCUAGACCUGCAUAACUACUACCACACAGAAAACGAUGAUGAAAACCCAUUUAUCUGUUCUCAACCACGGGAGAAUGGCAUGCGCCUGUGCACCUCCAUCCCCACACUUUAUGAAGAGGGCCAACAGUGCCAGCUGGACAUGGCUGCAUACAAUAGCACAGACAACUCCACCUGCGUCAACUGGAACAAGUAUUACACCAACUGCUCAGCCGGAGAGGCCAAUCCCUUCAAGGGGGCCAUAAACUUUGACAACAUUGGUUAUGCCUGGAUUGCCAUCUUUCAGGUUAUUACUCUGGAGGGCUGGGUGGACAUCAUGUACUUUGUUAUGGAUGCUCACUCUUUCUACAAUUUCAUCUACUUCAUCCUCCUGAUAAUAGUGGGCUCAUUCUUCAUGAUCAACCUUUGUCUAGUUGUCAUAGCGACACAGUUCUCUGAGACCAAGCAGCGGGAGAGUCAGCUUAUGAAGGAGCAGAGAGUGCGCUUCAGGUCCAACGCCAGCACCCUGAACAGCUUCUCUGAGCCAGGAAGCUGCUACGACGAGCUCCUCAAGUACCUAGUUCAUGUCAUCCGCAAGGGCACCAGGCAAAUCGGCCACCUCAUCCGGGCCGCCGGGCGCCGUGCAGGCCUGCGGAUCUGUGCUUCUCCGGCGCUGGAACCACCACCCACGAAAAGACGGCAUCAGAAACAGCGCCAGGGAUCCAUCCGUCCCGUCAUGCACCAUCAUCAUCACUUCCACCAUCACUACCAUCUGGGAAAUGGGAGCGUCCGUACUGAUGGGGGCAGAGAAGGGGACAUCCAGAGUUCCCAAAGUGUCAAUGCCAGCAACUCUGGGCAUCUCAUGCGACCUGUCAUUGUACCUCAGCAGGAGCCCCUUUGUGGGUCUCUGGGUCCCAGUGGUGCAGAAUCAGUGCAUAAUGUUUAUCAGACUGCGGGCCACCUCGAGCCUCUGCGCUGCAGCCCAUCACCUUGUUCCAUGGUGUUUCAGGCGUAUAAAAGGAACUCUGUGCCAUUUGCGGCUCCAGUACAUAAGAAUUACCCCACGUUACAGUCAUCUCUGGCCUUAGAGCAGCUCAGACAGAGAAUCCUGGAGCCAGGAGGAGGCAGUUGCACUGCUAGUGUCCUUACCAACCUAAACAUCCCCCCAACUCCCAUCAACACCUCACAGUGCCUGGUGGAGACACAAGGUCCUCCUGGCAAGAUCAUCUUUAAGGAUGCGCUCCUGAGUCGCAGUGGCACAAACUUAGACACAACUUUGACCUUUGACCCCGAGACAUGUCCGUAUUGCGCCAAAGCGAUGGCUAAUGACUCCGAGGGAGUGGAUGGGAUUGAGACGGCAGACUCUGACAGUGAGGGCGUGUACGAGUUCACACAGGAUGCUCAUUAUCGGGACAGCAGAGAUCCCAACAGGAAGAAGAAGUUGUUUGCAUUAGGAGCCCGGGCAGCAAAGGUGGUCCUUUUCUGGAGGCUGGUGUGUGACACGUUCCGUAAGAUUGUGGAUAGCAAGUACUUCGGACGAGGAAUAAUGAUCGCUAUUCUCAUUAACACACUCAGCAUGGGCAUUGAGUUCCAUGAGCAGCCUGAUGAGUUGACAAAUGCUCUGGAAAUCAGUAAUAUCGUCUUCACCAGUUUGUUCGCACUGGAGAUGCUCCUGAAACUGCUGGUUUAUGGUCCUUUUGGCUACAUCAAGAACCCUUACAACAUCUUUGAUGGUAUUAUUGUGGUAAUCAGUGUCUGGGAGAUUGUUGGCCAGCAGGGAGGAGGUUUAUCGGUGCUGAGGACCUUCAGACUCAUGCGUGUGUUGAAGCUGGUCCGCUUUAUGCCCGCCCUGCAAAGGCAGCUGGUGGUCCUGAUGAAGACAAUGGACAAUGUUGCCACCUUCUGCAUGCUGCUAAUGCUUUUCAUAUUCAUUUUCAGUAUUCUAGGCAUGCACCUGUUUGGAUGUAAAUUUGGUUCUGAGAGAGAUGGAGACACACUUCCUGACCGCAAGAACUUUGACUCUUUGCUGUGGGCCAUUGUAACAGUUUUUCAGAUCUUGACUCAGGAGGACUGGAAUAAGGUACUAUAUAAUGGGAUGGCCUCCACCUCUCCUGUGGCUGCUCUGUACUUCAUCGCCCUCAUGACUUUUGGAAACUAUGUCCUGUUCAACCUGUUGGUGGCUAUCUUGGUGGAAGGAUUCCAAACUGAGGAAGUAUCCAAGAAGGAAGAUUUGCAUGGCCAGCUGAGCUGUAUUCAGCUGCCUAUAGACUCAGGGGGUGAUGCCUCAAAGUCAAAUUCUGAAGCAGACUUCCAUGCACGGAGCUUGGAGGAUGUUUCAGGACAUAAGAAGGAUCUGUCUGCAUCAUCUGUUGUGCCCAUCAAUGGCCAUGUGGAUUUGAAGAGCAGCCUGACCCCUCCCCUCAUCACUCACACGGCUGCAACACCCAUGCCCAUCCCCAAGAUAGCAGGAGGAGGAGACCCGGUGCUAGGUGAUGAAUCCCGCAGAGGCAGCGGUGUCUCAAUGGAUCCCAAUGGCCAAGACAAAUCUCCAUCGAGUGUACGGAGCUCCCCAAAUGCCCCCUGGAGUUCAGCCAGUAGCUGGAACAGCAGGCGCUCCAGCUGGAAUAGCCUGGGCCAAGUCCCCAGCCUCAAGAGGCAGAAACGCCAGUCUGGCGAACGGCGCUCCUUGCUUUCUGGCGAUGACCAGUCCAGCUCCGAUGAGGGAGAUGCAGGAGAGAGCGCAGGCGGCGGGGGCAUGUCCGAGGGUGAUGAUGCCUCCCUCGCCAGGACGGACUCCCUGAGCCAGAGGCCUCGGCACAGGCGCAUGGAAUCCCUGGAGACACGCAGCUCAUUUGAUCUGCCUCCAGACACCCUGCAGGUGCCAUACAUGUAUCGUUCAGCCAGCAUACACAGCACCCGGCCACCCAACUUCCUCAGCAAUGGCAAGAGUUCUCCAUCUGCAGCCACCACACAGCUUUCUCUAGAUGAACACCAGAGCGAGGAUGACAAUGCAGAUGAUGAAGGAAACCUGAGUCGGAUAGCUCGUCUCUACCGCUGGCUGGAGCACAAGCAGCCCCAGUGGUGUCGGGAGAGGGUCACCUGGUCUCUUUACCUGUUCCCCCCUCAAUCACGGUUUCGUGUGACCUGCAAUAAAAUCAUCAGUCACAAGAUGUUUGACCAUGUGGUUCUUAUCAUCAUCUUUCUCAACUGCAUCACUAUCGCCAUGGAGAGGCCCAGAAUCGACCCCUCCAGCGCUGAACGCAUCUUCCUGACGUUGUCCAACUACAUAUUUACUGCCAUCUUUGUGACUGAAAUGACAAUAAAGGUGGUCGCUUUGGGCUGGUGUUUCGGGAAGAAGACCUACCUGAAGAGCAGCUGGAAUAUUCUCGACGGUAUGCUGGUGAUGAUCUCUGUGAUCGACAUCCUGGUAUCCUUGAUCUUCAACAGCGGCACUAAGAUCCUGGGAAUGCUUCGGGUGCUGCGCUUACUGAGGACCCUGCGUCCGCUCAGAGUGAUCAGCAGAGCUCCAGGACUGAAGCUGGUUGUUGAGACACUGAUGUCAUCACUCAAGCCUAUCGGGAACAUUGUAGUUAUCUGUUGUGCCUUUUUCAUUAUUUUUGGCAUCUUGGGAGUUCAGCUUUUCAAAGGAAAGUUCUUUGUGUGUCAGGGGGAGGAUACAAGGAACAUCACCAACAAGUCUGAUUGCCUCCAGGCUAGCUACAAAUGGGUCAGGCACAAGUACAACUUUGAUAACCUGGGGCAGGCCCUCAUGUCCCUUUUUGUUCUGGCUUCUAAAGAUGGUUGGGUGGACAUAAUGUACGACGGACUGGAUGCUGUCGGUGUCGAUCAGCAGCCCGUCAUGAAUUACAACCCAUGGAUGCUGCUCUAUUUCAUCUCCUUCUUGCUGAUCGUGGCUUUCUUUGUGCUCAACAUGUUCGUUGGCGUGGUGGUUGAGAACUUCCACAAGUGCCGGCGGCACCAGGAGGCCGAAGAAGCCAAACGGCGGGAAGAGAAGCGCCUUAAACGCAUGGAGAAAAAAAGAAGGAAUGUAAUGCUGACCGGUGUCAGUUGGUCCAGUCCCGAUCACACACAAGAAGCCCAGAGUAAACCCUAUUACUCAGAUUACUCCCCUACACGGCUUCUCAUCCACAAGAUGUGCACCAGCCACUAUCUGGACCUGUUCAUCACGAUUGUCAUCGGGCUCAACGUCAUCACCAUGUCCAUGGAGCACUACCAACAAUCUAAGGUUCUGGACGAGGCUCUGAAGAUCUGCAACUACAUUUUCACAAUCAUAUUUGUCCUAGAGUCCGUCUUCAAGCUUGUUGCUUUUGGAUUUCGACGCUUCUUCAAGGACAGGUGGAACCAGUUGGAUCUUGCCAUUGUUCUGUUGUCUAUUAUGGGCAUAACACUGGAAGAAAUUGAGGUCAACGCUUCCCUUCCCAUCAACCCCACCAUCAUUCGCAUCAUGAGGGUGCUGCGGAUCGCUCGUGUGCUGAAGCUACUCAAGAUGGCAGUGGGAAUGCGAGCUCUGCUAGACACUGUGAUUCAGGCACUGCCUCAGGUGGGGAAUCUGGGUCUUCUCUUCAUGUUGCUUUUCUUCAUCUUCGCUGCUCUGGGAGUGGAGCUGUUUGGUGACCUGAUAUGUGAUGAUCUGCACCCCUGUGAAGGUCUCGGCCGUUAUGCCACGUUCAAGAAUUUUGGCAUGGCUUUCCUUCUGCUGUUCCGUGUAUCCACCGGGGACAACUGGAAUGGCAUUAUGAAGGACACGCUCAGAGACUGCUCCCAAGACACAGGCAUCUGCUACAACACGGUGGUGUCCCCCAUUUACUUUGUGUCCUUCGUUCUGACGGCUCAGUUUGUGCUGGUCAAUGUGGUGAUCGCAGUGCUCAUGAAACACCUGGAGGAAAGCAACAAAGAGGCCAAGGAGGAGGCUGAGCUGGAAGCCGAGAUGGAGCUUGAGCUGGAGGCUGUGGGUGGAGAUGGAGGAAUAUCCCGAGGGCACAUGCCACCUUUGGGACAUGGUGACAUCGGUGGACAGGGAGGGUCACCUUGGAUCUCAAGAGACUCUCGAGAUAUCUCGGGACCUCUUUACCCCACAGACAGCCCACCUGCAGACAUACGCAGAGACUCUGAAGAUCACAUGAAGACUGAUCCCGAUCCUCCUCAUAAUUUGGAGCCGCCAUUAGAGCGGAGGCCUAUGUUUGACUCAGUUUCCCUGGUGAUCCAGGGCUCAUUGGAAGGAGAGCUCAGCCUCAUGGACAACCUAUCUGGCUCCAUCUGCCACUACUACGCUCUGCCCCCCCUUCACAGCAAGCACUGCACUGAGAAACAGAUUCCUCUAGCCGAGAUGGAGGCUCUGUCUCUGGCGUCGGAGAAAUCCUGGUCCUUAGCUCUGACGGAUGACUCUGUCCCAGAUGAUUUUAACCCCCUCUUACUAACCAGUCAGGAGUGCAAUACCACAGCUCCAGCAGAUCCCACAGACCCCCAGCAGCCAGACAAGCCAGCGGAUGAGCACUUACUGUACGUGAAGAAGACCUCAGUGGGCCGCACACAUUCUUUGCCCAAUGACAGCUACAUGUUCCUGCCGCUGCAGCCCAACUCAACCCACAGCACUCACACAACCUCACCUCACCUUGCUCAAACAGGCUCUACAGGUUCUAUCCAGUCUCAAACAGAAGAACCCACAAAGCACUUGACUGUGCCCACCGAUCUGUUCAGACCGAUCAGUCCCCAUAGCCUAUCAGACUCAGAGAGCAUCCCACGAAUCCCCCCACCUCGCCGGGCACACACUCUCACGCGAACCCUACGCAGACAGCUCAGCAUGGUACAACCCAAGCCUGACCCCGAGCUGCUCCUGAGGCACAGAUACUCCUGUUUCUGAGAGAGCCGGAAUGGGCUGCUUGGUUCAGCUGGCCUCCAGCUCCACAGCUCCUUGAACCCAAAAUCUUUCCCUGUUUCUCCUACCACAACCCUUAAAUCCCGUUCCUCCAGUCCAACGCAUUUCACCAUGGCUACUGUAAAGGCCAAAACUGCAGGAUAAAGAUCAAGGGGAAUUGAAGGAUUGGACAGACAUAAUUAACACAGAUAAUUUUAAUUGUAAUUAUGAUUUAUGAAAAUCUUCCAAAAAUUAUGUAUUAAAACUGUUACUUUAGCUUCUUGUUUUUAACAUUAACUUAAAACUUAAUAAAAAAUAUAUAAUAUAAAUAUACAAAAUAUAAAAAUAUAUAAUAUAUAAAGUAUUAAAAAAUAUAUAUAAUAUAAACCAUAAUACAUCACAUUAUUAUUAUUAUAUAUAUAUGGUUUCCCAGACAUGCCAUUUAGUCAGUCAUUUGUCAUACAAUGUAAAAUCAAUUUCCUGACACUAGGGGGCAGCAUAGUUUUAACCCUACAAGUUUCAUCAUUAUGGCUCUUACAUAUGUUAGCUAACUGUCCACAUUUGACAUGGUUCCUCGUGAUCUUUAGCCUCUCACAAAACACCCAACCACCUCUCUCCUACUGGGGCCAGUGUCUCUCUUGGGCUCCCUUGAUUAAAAGAAAGUGACAGUUUUAGGUAGAAUUCUGAGAGAGGAGACCCCAGGAAGAGACAUGGGUUUUGUGGUCUGUUGCAGUAGCCCAGUGGCUCAGAGUGCAGUCUGCCAAACAGUGCCUGUAGUUUUGUAGGGUAAAUGUUUCUCUGCCCUAGUUAAAACAGUCCAUCUGUUACAAACUUUUCUCUGAAAGUGCAAUUGAUAUUGUAAGUUUUCACCUAUGUGACUUCACACACAGCAGUGGCAUGUACAGUACUGCCACUCGGGCAUUGUGUCAGUUUAGUUCAUGUCAAAUUGGAGACAAAGAUAUAAUGUAGAGCAAAAGGAAGACAACAAUUUAUUUGCCAAUUUCUCCAAUAGUCUGUACACUUUCAGAUUUUGUUGAAAGUGCACACAGCAUACAUUUCCUACCAGUGGAAGCAAUAAGAAGGACCAGGGGCGGUUCUAGGGUCUAGAGAUAUCAUGUUUUGCCCAAACCUCUGAGGAUACAUAUGAAUAAUCAUUUGUUUAAAUAUUACAAUAAUAUAAACCUUAAAGUAAGGCAUCAUUUUUAUGAAGUUAAUAUUUAUAUAUUACUGGAUAUAAAAAAUAAAAAGGUCUCAUCUCUAUGCUUGCCAAAAAUUCCAUGCAUCCCUAAAAGCUUUCUAUAGCUGUGUUCAGGUUGACAGUUGUGUUGUGACUUUCACUAGUCAUUGUCAGUGGUUUGGUUAAGUUAGUUUACUGUUUAUAUGAGUGUUUUUGAGGGAAAAACUGUUGCUUUACCAAAGGUUGUGAAGUUUACAAGAGCCGCAAGCGGUCAGGCUUGAGUACAAAAUUGUAUUCCAUUCUGUCUGUAAAAUAGUUGGUGCUUAUUACAUCUGGAUGGAGUGCAACUCUUACCAGAAAUCUAUAGAUCCUAUAGUUUCUUCAUUAUAUCUGAUUUAUAGAGCAAAUGACUAGAGACCUGAUAUUAAAUUCUCCAAAAAAAAAAAAAAAAAAAAAAUGUAUGUAUAUAAUAUAUUAUAUAUUAUAUAUUAUUGGGGCAUAAGCACUGGAAGCCCAUCCCUAGGACCGCCCAUGAGACUAAAAGGUCUAAGAAUGUUUUCUGCUGGUGGUUGCAACUAAUUGUUGAAUUAAGAAUUUUAUUUCAGAAUUUGUAACUGCUAUUAAGCAAGUUUUAUUGACCUUUCUAGCACAAUUUAAGCACUAUUUUUGUCUGUUUUAACGUUUGGCCGGAACAUUUUGGUACAUUUUGUGGCAAGUUACUUCAUUUGAUACAUUCAAGUUUGUUACAAACUUUUAAAAAAGAACAACAACAACAACAUCAGAUUAUAAAUGUUGGCUACCUGUGAUUAGGGCAAUGAAUGCAUUAAAACCGAUGCCCUGAGGCAGUCUCUCUAUUUUUCUAAUUUCACCUCCAAUCCUUUGAAGCAGAGAGCUUGUGGAGUGCAAUGCUAAUGGUGAACUCCACUCUAACUCCACGCCCCCCACCCCCCACCCCCUCCACUGGCUUCUACAACCCUAACAUCUCAUACUAACCAGUCUCCCUCUCACCUGUUCAUGUCCUAAUCCCUAAUGUUACCCCUUACCUUCCCCUCACCUCCUCCCGUCCCUGCUCUCCUCAGGUGGCAGUGAGUGCUGACUCUCAGGAGACUCUAUACACAGAGGGAGGGGAAAACGAGGGUCCC